AUGGAUGAGCCAAGCGCGCCCUUUAAAUCCGAGCCAUCGUGGUCCUGGGGCGAUGCCAUACCCGCCAGCGCCAGCGCCAGCACCGGCGCAGAGCCGGUACCCCAGUCGGCAUCUGCCGAGGGCCUCCGCGCCCGAUCGCCUCCGACCCCGCAGCCUAACCCCGAACCCAAACCCGAAGCCGAGGCCGAGCCGCAAGUGCAGCCGCAACACGAACAGGGGCAGCAGAGGCAACGGCACUAUCGCCCACGGCAGUGUAGAAUCUGUUUAGAUACGGUGCCGCCGACGUUUGACACGUCGGAAAGCGGGAUUUUCGGCUCGGGGCCCCGUGUUCGGUACAUAUCUGAGGACCCGGAGCUAGGCAGGCUUAUGAGCCCUUGCCGCUGCAAGGGCUCCCAACGAUAUGUUCACGAGGGCUGCCUCCAGGCGUGGCGCCAAGCCGCACCACUGUCGGACCGCAAUUUCUGGCACUGCCCGACGUGCAAAUUCCAGUAUCGCAUGUCCCGCCUGCGCUGGGCGUCGUGGUUGUCCAACAAGUUGACGCGCAUGGGCCUGACACUCGUCGUGCUAUUCAUGCUGGUUUUCUUUCUCGGCUUCAUCGCAGACCCCAUCAUCAACCUCUACGUCGACCCUUGGGGCUGGCUGUUUGGGUUCUGGUCCGACGUCUCGGACGACUGGGACGACCUAAGAGUGGAACUCGAAGACGAAGAAUCGUUUGGUUGGUACCUGCACUUCUUCAAGGGCGUCCUCUCCCUGAGUCUCGUUGGAGCCGUCCAGGCGUUCACGACCAUGAACCCAUUCACCUGGUGGCAGCUCCGCGGAGGCGGUAUUUUUGGUGGCGGAACCCAGCGUGGACGGCGCGGCGGUGGUCGCGACCGGAUGGAGAACAUUAACCUUGCGGUUAUUGUUGUUGGGCUGUUUACUAUCCUCGUGGCGACGUGGAAGUUGGUCAGUGCCUUGAGCUCUCGGGCGCUGGAGAAGGUCAGCGAGCAAGUCAUGGAUAUCCAAGGAGAUGAUGAAGAUGACGACGGCGACGACGACAGCCAUGCCGAUGCCGAUGACGCCGGUGGUGAAUAG